GGCCGGCCCACCGCCGCCGCCGCCGGUCGGCCAGUCGGUCGCCGCUUGAGCGCUGCGCCGCACGUCUCAGAGAGUGAGUGAGCAGUCUCGGACCGAUCAGCGCCCCGGGGAGCGGAGUGACUGGACGGGCCCGCGGGCCAUGAUCUGACAGCGACCGCAGAUAACAUAACCGUUGAAGAUGCCGACGGUAGACUUGGACACCAUCGAAGAUGAGGUUCUUCUCCGUAAAAUGUGGAAGGAGGAGGAGGACGUCACCGAGAAGCGCAACAUUCGCGCUCGCAUGUUCCAGCUGCGCGAGCGUCGCCUCAAGGACCUGCACGGAUCGGACGACGGGGAGCGCAGCUUGGAGCGUGACUCCCGCUACCGUCGCCUGGCGGGGGAGGCGGCUGAUUCCUCGGAACGAGCCUCCUCUCCGUCGAGAAAGGAGGCGUCGCCGCCGAGGAAGGAGGCGUCACCAGUAAGGAAAGAGGCAUCGCCAGUGAGGAAAGAGAUGUCUCCGGGCAGAAAGGAGAUGUCGCCAGAGACUGAGAAGACGCGGGCCCGGCGCAGUCCGGCCAGUGAGAGCCGCGGCAGUUCGCCGAGGAAGACGUACUCCUCGCGCGCCGCCACCACGGAGGUGCCCGCCCGGAAGUCCGCCACACCAGAGAGGAGUGGGCCGACGGACCGGCGCGCUCGUCGGGCGAUCUCCACCGUGGAGCCGCCGGCUGGCCGGCCCGCCAGAGCGUCACCCACCCGCAAGCAGCGCAUCGACAUCGUCAACAAGCCGGAGAACGCCCGUGUGGAGAUCGGCGACGGCCAGAUCGUCAUUGACUUCAGUCCGGACAAGUUCAGCAAGGCGCGACGCCAGGUGGUGCUUGAGUAUGAGGGAGAUCGUCCCGACGUGAAGCAGAUCCAGAGCAAGCUGCAGGAACUGGGUCUCGACCAGAUGGAGAACAUCGACUUCAUGCUCACCGGACUGGGCGGAGAGAAGCGGGUGGGCACGCAGAAGGUGCGCACUGCCGUCCGAGAGUUCGACCGCGAGCCGGGUGCCGGCGAGGUGGUCGAGGUGAUCCCGCCGGAGAUCAUCAGUGACGCUGACGUAGAGGUCGCAGACGGCGAGAUCCUUAUUACGGUGGAGCCGGACGACCCGCAGAAGCGGCGUCAGCUCAUGUGGAGCUUCAGCGGCACGGAUCGGCCGAGCUGUGCAGCACUGCGAGAGAAGCUGGAGAACUUCACUUUCAGCGAUAUCGAGCGGCUGGACGACAUCCUGGCCGACUUCGGUGGCCUCGUACUGCAGGACGAGCACGAGACACACGAGGACGCGCAGGGUCGCAGCGUGACGCGCCGCCGGAAAGUGAUCCAGUGCGGCACAGAGGAGCGGCUGCAGGCGCCGUCGCCGACGCAGCGGCCGCGCCGACCUUGCGCGCAAGAGGUGGCCGUGCGUGGCAGCGAACUGCAGGUCUGGGUGCCGGCAACCGUUGGUGCCCCGGCCCGUCAAUUCCUGCUGCGUUACCCCAGCGGUGCGCCCGACCUGGAGCAAGUGAUGUGUACUCUGGAGAACAGCGGUCCGGAUGGUCUGGACGAGCUGCUGGAGGAGCUCGGCUGUCAGCCCGCUGAAUCCCAUGAGCCAGCCGUCGAUGGCGAACCAGUGCGCACCACGCGCGCCGAGGUGGCCACUGAGGGGCCGGCCGCGCCGCAGCACAGCCCAGAGCUUCGGCUGCGUGACGGACAGAUCCAGUUGAACCUGGCCGCUGCGCAGGAACGUCCCCGCGAGGUAGUCAUCCACUACGACGGCACACGGCCUGACGUGCAGGCGCUGGUGGAACGUGUGCUUCAGCUGGACCCGUCCGACCAGGAGCAGCUGGACGCGCUGCUCAACCAGGUGACCGGUGAGGUACUCCAGGACGAGACCAUUGAGGAGGUGGAUGAGGCAGGACGUCGUGUCAUCCGCAGAAGAAAGGUGGUGAGGACAGAGGAGACACUGCGUCCACCGUCCUCUUCCUCUUCCCGUCGCCCGGUUAGCCCGGCCAAACCACCACCGAGCAGCGUCAGCACCGGACCCGACGACGUCAACAUCGAAAUCAAGGGGAAGCAGGUGAUCCUAACGCUGAAUGCCGGUAACCAGCAGCAGGAGGUGACGGUGACACUCGAGGGCGACCACCCCGACCUCGAGGAGCUGACCGGACAGCUGGAGAGGAUUGGCUUCUUCUCCACCGAACAGGUCACUCACAUCAUGAAGGUCAUCACCAAGCAUGUCGAGAGCAAGGCGAAAAAGCCAGCCACUCGACAGACGUCCAACUUCCAGCGCUCUGGCUCUACCCGCGGAUCUACCCGAGGCUCGACCAGAGACGCGCCCUUCACCCGCGGUGGAUCCACACGCGGCUCGGCCCGUGACACCACCCGUGACUCCACUCGCGGCGCUCCUUCUCGCAACAAGGUGUCCGAGAUCAGCAAACGGUUUACCACCACGGCAACACACCAGGUGCAGAAGCCGGAGCGUGCUGCGCCGUCUCCCUCCCGGCCAGGUCUGCCGGGCUCCAGCAGUGACGGAGCUGCGAGACGUUCCUUCAGACGGACUGAGACGACCACGACGCGGCGCACGGUACCCAGCAGGGACGCCUCGCCGACCAAGCGUCCUGCUGCCCGAACGACAACCAAGCCGGCCGAGCGGGCGCGUGAUGCCUCGCCGACCAAGACGGAGCGGCGUCGGCCCGCUCCGAGCCGCGAGAACGGCUCUUCGGAGCGUCAGCUGGUGGUCGAGUACGAUGGUGCUCGGCCCGACCUCAAGGCGAUUCAGCAGCAGCUGCAGGACGCUGGUCUCGACGAUCUGCAGCAGAUCGAACGUAUUCUGGCCAGCGUCGAAGGCGAGGUGAUGGAGGACUCACGCACCGAACAAACCGAAGAAGACGGCUCCCAUACCGUCACGCGCACCAAAGUCAUCAAGACCAGAGGUGCACCGGCGGAGCCCACACUGCGUCAGCGCGGUACCGACAGAAAGACAGCGCUGACGCGGACUCCCUCGGGUCGGUCUUCGUCGCGCCCAACCGGUCGUGCGGGGGCCACGGUGACCAGCCGUCAGCCGUCAAAAAACGGAGUUAGCAGCCCUCGGCGGUCGGAGGGUGAGCGUCAACCGGAGCAUGAGGCCGCGGAUAAGCAGCAGCGCGAUGUCGGCGACGUUUCUGACGCCGGCGACGUGUGGGACGUGCCCGAGAACGUGACAGUAUCGGUGGACGGCUCCGGUGUGCUGCUGGAGCUGCGUCCUACUGAGCUCCAUUCCGAGCGCCACCAACUGCUGGUGACGUAUGAAGGUGCGGCGCCGGACGUGCCCCAGGUUCACCGGCUCCUGGAAAAGGUCCGUCGCGGAGGCGCCGAUGACCUGGACACUGUGAUGGCCGGUAUUGGCGGUGAGCUACUUGAAGAGUCCGAUGAAGAAGUGGAGAAUGAGGACGGAACAGUGAUGGUGCGCAGACGCCGAGUAGUACGAGCACCGGCUGACGAGCGGACUCCGUCUUCGCCAAGGGAGGAAGAGGACGACGAAGAAGACGAGGAGGAGAGGAAGGUGUACCAGACUAAGAAGACUCUGGAGAUAAAUGGCAGAACGGCGCCGCGAGCUCCUGUAGAGUUCGCCAUCAAGGUGGAUAAUGCUGAGGUCGAGGCGGUCGUGCAAAAUAAAAUUAAACUGAAGCCGACUGGCCGAAGUGCGACGCGGGAGCCCAGAACGUCUGUAAGAGAGCCGAGGACCACUCGUGGCUCUGAUACAACGGUUCGGGCUUCCCGGACAACUUCGUCUGGGACAAGUCAGCCUCGACGCGGUACCUCACGUCCUCAGGAGCGUCCUCAGGAAGACAAGAGGAAGCCUGCUGCCUCUGAGGAGCGCCGGAGGCCGUCUGCCGACCCGGCCAAAACUCCGGUGAAACGGACCAUCAGCCAGCCGCGGGGCAGAGCUGUCAGCCCGUCCAAGCCAGCCUCAUCGACUGGCAGCCAGCCGAGGAUGCGGGAAUCGAGCCCCGUCAAACCAGCCACAUGCUCAGACACCAACCCGUGCGGUCGCAUUCAUCAGCAUACGCCGGGCGCCCCAUGCACACGCAAGGCACCUCUGGAUACCGGACUGGCCGAGCUACGCCGCCGGAGGUCAUCUCAGGGAAAACGAGAAUCUGCUACACCAGAACGGAAGAAGUCCGAACAGCGGCGUGGCUCGGACGUGCCUUCCCAACCCGCGCAGAAAUCUCCGACGAAGGCCACUACUCGUCGCCGUCCGGAACCUGAAAAGAAGCAGAAGCGCGCUCCGAGUAAGGACAGCAGCAGCAGCAGCAGUAGCGAGAGUGACACCGAGUCAGUUACGGAGUCAGAGUUUGUGUACUACAGCAACAAGGAGGACUCACCAGACCGACCGCUGCCCGAUGGCAGGAGGCCGUCAGAGCCAGACAGCGUCCCAGAUCUGCCGCCUGACGAGAGAGCUGAUUCCCCUGAGUCCCUACGCUCACCAAAACCGCGUGAUAGGUCGCCCAGUGAGGAGAGGCAAAACCGGGAGCGGUCGCCGAGCCCAGACAGAUCAAGGAAGCAGAGCCCUCCCAGCGAGAAGCUCAGACGUCAGGAAUCGCCGAGCCAGGAGAGGCCACGCCACGACAGGUCUCCCAGUGAAGAGCGUUUGCGGCGCAGCAGACGUCUGAGCCCUGAGAAUAAGCAGAGUUCCAGCCCGACUCCAGAAAGAGAAAUGUCUCCCGAAGUACAGAGGACACAUGAGCUGAGUCCCAAGGAGACGAAUCGACAGCAUCCUACAGCGUCAGAAGAGCCGGAGAGCCCAUCUAGGAAGGCUCCGCCAGUGGCAUCCAAACCACGAACGGUCCCGACCCCUGCCCCUGAGCCGGAACAUGAUGGCUCCGAUGACGAGCCAGCGGUGAAAUCCGUCAGGAACAAGAUGUCUCUCUUCGAGCAUAAGAUGCAGGCAGUCACUAAGACGAACACCACGGUGCCAAAAUCGCCUCGGAUGCCGCGCAAGGCGACUAUCUGGGACAAGGCUCCGGCGGUUGAAGAGACCCGCUCUCCUACUGCCGCUCCGGUCCCGCGCGCAUCCGACUUUUCCCGCAGAAGAGAGCUGUUCAACUCACCGGGAAGGAAGCCGGAGCCUGCGGAGGAGCCGGCACGUAAUGAUGGCUCUCUACCACGCCGAGAGAGGACCCCAAAGCGGGAGGAAGAACAGACACUGAACGACGAUGAUCAGCCAAACAUAGUCAGGGAGGUGCCUGACAGAGCUGAGUCCCCGACAUCUCAUUCCAAAGAAGAGCCAAUUCCCGUAAAAGAGCCUGAACGUGAUGAGCGCGAAGAGCCUUAUGGUUUGGACCGUCCUGAAUCACAGGAAACUAAGGUAGAACGUUCAGAUGGUGUUACAAAGGAUGAUUUACAAGUGGAGGAACGGGAUCGUCAUUCAGCUGAGCAGGACAAUAAGCCGGCCGAUGAGUCACCUGCCGUCAGCGACCAACACGAUCGGUCCCCAUCUCCGACUAGCGAGGCUAAGCUGAACCGUGAAACCAGUCCAGUGCAAUCAAAACGGGGUUCUCCAAAAUCCAAGGCAGACGAUAGUUAUGUCCAGAAGAAAGAUGAGCCUCGUGAUGCAAGGAAAGAGUCUCGUAGAAGUCCUGGUAAAUCACCGCUCAAGUCACGUGACUCUGACCUGUCUCGUCGCAGGCCCUCGGCUGAACCAGAGGCAAAGAAGCCCGCCACUAGGCGGGGAUCAGACAUUUCCAAAAAGGACAAGCCUGCGACCGAGCCGAUGUCCAGUCGUCGAAACAGCCGCAAGAAUAGUCAGGAGGCACCAGUCCGCACAGAACGGCUGUGCAGUAGACAGAAGUCUGAGGAGAAGGAAAAUUAUCGUAUAAGGGAUUCUGUUGGCGUCCUCAGAAAGAGGUCAUCAGAUGCAAGCAUUAGAUCCGAGCGCAAGACCUCGCUGGAAUCACGUCGCUCUCCAGUAAAAGCUAAGUCAAAGUCACCUCCGGUAGAGACAGCUUCACCACGAGCAAAGAAGAGCUCUCCGCUCCGUAAACGUUCACCGUCUCCGCCUCCAGCUAGGGAGAACCCCACUCCAGAGCCACAGGUGACCGAGGACAAGAAAUCCCCCGUCCCUCAGGCCAGAGACGCUAGUCCUGCCGAGCCUCGGCCAGUGCGAGAUGAGCGAUCUCCCAGUCCUCGGCCUGCUCAAGCGGAAGAAUCUCCUGAGGCGCCAAAACCUGAUGAGUUCCAGAACACUGUGCACGUGGAGAUCGUGGACGGCCGAGAGGUCACCAGCGGCGAGGACACUGAGCCGGAGCGUCCGCCAAGCCCUGCGCCGCAGCAGCGCUCCGAGAGCGGCGAGCUGCGCAGGAAGGCGGCCGGCUCCGGCCUCCUGGACAAGCUGACCUUCCUCAAGUCCGCUGAUGACACCAAGGAGGCAAAGAGCGACGGCGUACCUUCACCGGACGUGCACGUCAACGAGGACGACCGGCCGUUCGAAGACAACAACCGUCGCCGCUCCCGGACGAGCCAGGACAGCCCGGCUCGUGAGCAGAGCCCGCCCGUCUUCCGCCGUCAGCCUAGCUUCAAGUCGAGCCGGCUAGCCAAGGCAUUUGAGAAGUUCGAGUCUCGCUCACAAGAGUCAACCACCUCACGCCGAUCGUCUAUCUCGAAAAACAAAAUGCGUCUCGACAGGAGCGACUCGGUGCAUCGUGCCCGAGAGAAGUUCGAGCACCUGGCUCACGACGAGCCGGCGCCGGCGCACGACAGCCGCCCCAUCGACACGCGCGCCUCCCCAGAAAAGUCUGUCCUCGUGAUGCGAGCCCACAUCGAGAUGGAUCGCACUCCGGCUGAGCUGGCGCAAACCUGGCCUGCCAGGAAGCACUCCAUGUCGCCGCAGCGGGAGCCUCGCGCUCCCCAACGCGACUCAGUCUCCCCACAAAAGGAGACAACUCGAAGGGACAGCGAGGAGAAGGACCGACCGGGGUCACCUCAUGCCACUGAUGAGCCGGAGUACCAGGAGGACUCUUACACAGAUGUAAAGCAGGCUCUACAGCAGGGCAAGUUCCCCUACAAACGCAUGGUAAGCAGCUCGUCCAUCGCCUCAGAGGGCAGCAUCUCGGUGGAAGAGGCACGCAAGCUGAACCGGGCCGACUCGCUGAGGAGUCUGGAGCAUGUGUCGCGCGAGCCCUCACCGAUGAAGCAGGUGCCGCCGCAGGAGCCGGAGCUGCCGGAGCCGGCGGCCGCGGAGCCCGAGUCGGCACGGCUCGUCGGAGAGCUCGCCCGUGACACGCACUCGGGCUCAAACAGGGCCUCGUUCCGGAACGUGACUCGACUCUCCAACCUGCGCUACAACCCAGACAGCGAGUUCAUGGACGAGCUGUUCCCCAAGGGAGGCGACGACCGCAAGUCCGCCCCAGAGAAAACUGAAACAAUGCCGGAAAAGACGGCGACUCCGAAGCGUGACGAAACGUCUGAGAAACCGCCGACGCGACGGGCGACGAGGACAGACGACACGCCGAAGAGUCAGCCGAAGGAAGAGGCACAGCAGCGUAUCCCCAGCCCAGUGGAAAAGAGUCGUACUGAGGAGCCGUCCGGCCAGCCGGAGGAGCCGCUUGAAGAGGACCAGAAGCCACAGGAGGAAGAUGAGAAACCCCGGGCUGUCAACCAGGCCGACUGGCCGCUGGAGGAGAUCGAUGACCUGGCACUUCUAGAGUCAAUGCUCGAGAAGGCCAGCAAUUACGACGAACGAUUCAAAGUACGGACACGGAUCAGGAUGGUCAAGAAAAUGUCUACCACAACAACCAGCUCUUCACUGUUUUCGAAAGUGACGACACAAUCCAAGAUCUCAGAUACAACUGUAAAAUCACCCAAAAGUCAGACAGAAGACAAGUUUUCAAAGUUUAAGAAGUCCCAGGAGAAGUUCGAGCAGAAGACUGUGACGAGUCGAGAUGUCCCGAAGGAAACGAAACCUGAAAAGGUUACCGUUAAUGUAACGGCACCGGAGGACGACUCGACUCCGAGCACCCCAAGAGACCGUGCUGGACGGGACAAGAAACCUGAGAAGCCUACCGAUGACUCGGAGCCCGAGCGCGUCCCGUCCUCUCGGAGCUCUCCUCCUACCGAGUCGUCCCCUGUCUCCCAGCCAGCCCGUGACGGCACCGCCCGGCGCUCCUCGCGGACCUCCGAGCCGGCGGAGGACGAGCUGCGGCAGCGGCGCGGCUCGCGCAGCUCGCGCCGCGGCAGCCGCAGCGAGCCGCCGGCGCCGCCGCCCAUCGUCCAGGAGCCGGACGAGGUGGACCGAGCUGGCGCCGAGAUGAGCCGGCUGAAGAUGGAGUACUCCUCGCGCCUGUUCCACUCGUCCGACCCGCUCGACCGGCCCAAGAUUGAGGAGCUGCCGCCUGGUGCCGGAGACCAGGACGAGGACUCUGAGGAGGAGUCUGAGUAUGAGGAGGAUCUGGUGAAGGAGGACGGUAUCCCGCCACGGGAGCCGAGUCCAGAGGUGCCGCGGACCGAGCAGAGACAGGAGCCUCCAACAGAGCUUCCCGAGCAGCAAGUUGACUCGGAAAAUGAACUGCCCGAGCCAGACGCCGCACUGGAAGAGGAACUCCAGAAACAGGCUUUGACCCCAGAGGAGCGUCUUCCCAAGGAGGAUAUUCCGACUCGUGGAAAGCCUCUGGAGAAAGAAAAAUCUCCUGAGAAAGAGAAACCCGCGAAGAAGGACACUCCACCCCGAGACGUGCCACAGCGAAGUCCUUCCCCGGAGAAGACCAAGCGGGCCGAAGCCGAGAGGACCGCGAAGCAGGAGACACAGAUCCCGAGGCCGUCCCAGUACCGGGUGGAUCGGGACCGCGACUUCAAGCCCAAGGCUAGUGCUGAGCCGCUCAAGUCCAAGGUCGACAAGUUUGAGAGCAAGAAACCAGAGGACAGAGCAACCACCGAAGAGCUAUGCCGUGUGGAGGAGCCCGCCUGGCUGAAGCGCUCCUCGGCGCCCCGCGGCAAGGUGCCCACCUCGGGCUCCGGGCAGAUCACGUCCAGUUACGGCGUUGGACCGACAGACGACAGCGGCAUCCCGCUGUUCGGACUGAGGGCCCUCAGAAAACAGAAGGCGGAACAGCCGCCUGCACCAGCUGAAGAGGAGCCAAAGCCGGCUCCUGAGCCUGCCCCUGAGCCGGCCCCCGCCAGGUCCUCGCGGACCCCUGCCGCCGACCGGGCCUCGGCGGCGGCCCCUGUCAUCACAGAGGAUAAGGACGAGGACGAGCCCCGACUGCCACUGUUUGGAGGUCUGCGGGCACUGAAGGCUCGCAACAAGGCAGGUGGCAGCACUGAGCUGUCGGUACCGGACGAUGACGACCGGGCUGGCAGCGAUGUGGAGGAGAUCGAGGCCAAGGCUCGCGAGCAGGAGCGCCUCCUGUCGGCAACGGACGACGACAGUCCGAUCGGCGACGUCAGAACAACCGCCGAGCCGGAGGCCCGUUCGACCCGGACGCGUGCCUCGAUGAUCCCGCGCCUCUCGGACGACCGCUCGCCUUCGAGCACCCUGCGUCGGACUCCCCUCUCGCCCGCCUCCACCCUGGAGAGGCCUUCCUCCAGGGGUCGCUCGCCUGCCUCCACUCUCGAGCGACCCAACUCUGCGGCACGCUCGUCCUCCACUCUGGAGCGACCCUCGUCUGUGGGUCGCUCUCCGGCUUCAACCCUGGAGCGACCUUCCAAAGCAGGAUCAGCCAACUCCACUUUGGAGCGAACCUCCAGAGAGGGCUCGGCUAACUCCACUCUCGAGCGCCCCUCGUCCGGUCGCUGCUCGCCUCCGGCAGAGACCGAGGACCGCAAGCUGACCAGCAUCCUGAAGAAGCCGCGCCCGGCGGACGUCACCUCCACCAGUACGGUGACGUCGCUUCUGGAUGACGUCACGGAUGACGUGCUGCAGGACGUCAGUGGCGCCAGUGAGGACGAGGAGGAUCAGGAGAUGGAGACCGAGGAGCCGGAGCUUGGAGAGAGUGAGGAGGAAGAGCAGGAGGAGGAGCAGGAGCGGGAUCUCACAGAUGGCUCCCCUCCGAGCACGCUGGUACACACGAAGAGCCCGAUGGUGCAGCGUCGCAGCUCGGCGGGCCGCUUCGCGCACCGCAGCUCCGCCUCGAGAUCCAAAGACGAUGACGACUCGCGGAUCCCGCUGAGGAAGACGGCUCCGGGCGGCAGCGCCGGCGGAACCACCCGCAGCGCUCUGAGAACCACGCAGCCGAGGGCGACACCUGACGACGAGCCCCAGAAGCUGCAGGCCACCCAUAGAGUGACUGGUGAUGUCUCGGACAGAGAGAACCAGCAGAUCGGCGAGACCGAGCGGCGGCUGCAGCCCGUGUCGCCGACAGCCACGGACGGACAGACGGCCCGCCGGUCCGCCGACACCGCCUCCUUCCUCGGUGACCGGUCAAAGGUCACCGGAAUACGCGACGUGCUCAGCCGCAUGGACGCCUCCAACUCAGAGGUGGCGUCUCCGGAUGACGCGGCCCGCUCCCUCCUCAAUAAGUUUCUGGGUGCCCAAGUGAUGAUGACCGGUAUGGAGUCGAUGAUGGCCCAGAGCGCCUCCAGUCAGUCAGUGACCACUUCUGGCACCGGACAGCGACCCACCACGAGUGUUCGGUCUCAGCGGUCCCAGUUCCGCGCCUGCCGGGAUCAGGACGGCCAGUGGCAGACGCAGGCGGCCAUGUCCGCGUCAGCGUCCAAGACUCCGUCGGCCACCGAGGCAGUGGUCGUCUGCGGGGUGAACAUCUCCGAGGUCACCGACCAGGACAAACUGCACGAAAUGUUGGAGCAGUGCGACAACUUCGACGAACGCAAGAAGAUCCGCGCGCGGCUGAUGGUUCUCAUGCAGGAGGCCAAAGCACGCCGGGAGCAGGUGCAGCGCCGCCGGCUGCAGCACCAGCAGCAGAGGGACGGAGGAUCCGUCAGCGCACAUGGUGAGUGCCACGAGCAGGAGGAGCCGGAGGCCGCGCUUCCGCCGCCGGCCGGCCUCCUGCCGCUCGUCUACAGUCAGCUGACCAACUCCCUGAGACGUGACGGCAGCGGCUCGUCGACCGGCGCCGGUGGUCUGACAGGGUUCGGCCCCGGCGCGGCCGCAGACUCUGGAACCGAGAGCGGGGAGGAUGUCCCCGGCGGCGAGCUCAGUCACUUCAUGGACGGCCUGCAGACUAGUCUGAGCAGCUCCGAGGUGGCCGCGCCGCCGCGGCUCGUCAGUGAUGUGGUGGACGCGCUGGCCAAGCUGAAGGCGUCGCUGUCUGCCGGGCCGGCAGCGGCGGGAUCCCAGGAGACGAUCGACAUUCAGCGGCUGGUGGGAGGCGCCACCCGGCCUGGGGAACUGAUGACGCUCAUUGACCGACUGCAGAUGUCGCUGCAGCCGCUGACCGGUGGUAGACCCGCCGGACCGGCACCCGCCCCCGCAGCUCCCCCGGCCCCGACAGCUCCGACAGCUGCGACGGCUCCGACGGCUCCGACACUCCAGCAGCGGCUGCCGCCGGCCGGACGCGGAAUCCUGCGCCGACAGCGGCGACCGCACACAGUCGGCAUCACACGGGAGGAGUUCUCAGAGAUCCGGCGCUCGCUGGAUGCCGCCGAGGCUCUGAAGGCCCAGGAGGCGGCUAACACUGGGGAGUGGCCCCCGCCGCCGCCGCCGACCGACCCGACCCCGUGGCGCCGGCGACUGUCCGCCGGUUCCCCAUCGGGAGCUUUGUACUCAGCCCGGUCUCGGCCGUUUACCAGAGAGAUGUCUGAUGAGUACCGACAACGCAGCGCCACCAGUUCAGAGGCCUUCCGACCGACGGUCCGGCCCGUGCCGCCGCCAACUCUCCAGAAACCCUGGCAGCCGAGUGCUACCAGCGCCUUCAAACCGCCAGCUGAGGCGUCAUUCCAGCCAGUGCAAGCCGCCCCACCGCCACCGACGCAGCGAUUUGAAUUGAUUCGUGCUCCUCCUGCCAUGCAAGCCAUUGGCGCGCCACCACCCAUUCAAGCCAUAGGUCCCCCACGUUUACUACAGGCGAUAUGUCCACCUCCCGCUCUUCAAGCGAUUGCCCCUCCGCCCCCGAUGCAAGCGAUAGGUCCCCCUCCCUCUGUACCAGCGCCACCGCCGCCCCAGCAGCAGCAGCCGCCGGAGUCCCAGCCGACGCCGUUUGUGCCCAAGGCGCCGCCAGUGUCAGCUCGGUCAGUACUGGCCGGAUGGAGGAGGCCGCUGCGGUACGUGCGUCGCGCCGACCGACCCCACACUAUCGGGACGACAGAGGAGCACGCGGCAGCCGUGCGCGCCGCGCUGGCCUACUAUCACGCCGAACAGGAGAUUGAUCAGCAGGAUAGCUCGGAGGAUCCCCCGGCGCAGACGGAGGUAGCAGCACCAGCUCCGCCACUGCCUACCUCGCAGAGACCCGGGCUGGGCGCCCUGCGCCGUCAGGCUUCAGUCGACGACGGCAGCUCGCCGGACUUUCCGCAGCCUCAGAGCGCCACCGUCCAUGAGGCCAACCGUCAGUUCGCCUCCAGAGACGCGUCCCGGGUCUGCCGCGCCGACAGUGGCGACGCCCCGCGGCCGGCGCCGGAAGCUGCGACCUCUGAGGCUCCAGUGGGAGCGCCCUCUGCACCGCCGGCCGGGCCGCGUCCCGUCGGAUCUCGCUCCUCGCUUGCUUCGUUCCUGACGAAGCAGAUGACGAAGGAGUACUUGGAGGACUCUAGGAUAGUCUCCAAGGAGCAGGUGAUCGGUAGUAGGCUAUUCAGCCACCAGCUGGCGGCCGCCCGGCAGGACAGCGAGCAGACCGCUCCGCCGGCCGUCUCCCCGGAGCCACCGGAGGUCACCGCUCCCUCCCCGGAGCCGAAGCUGGAGCCGGAGCCGGAACCGGAGCCGGCGGCCGGUCUGACUCGGAACCCGACUCUGCUGGACGCCGGCCAGCGGCGCGCGCGGUUCUUUUGCGGCAGCAUGCCCUCCUCAGAGUGUCCUCCCCACCCGCCCGCCUGCGCCGACUGGUCGCCGUACGAGACGUCCGAGCGGCCCACCACGGUGACCCCUCCUCCCUCUCGACAGAUGUCGCUCGAGGUCAGUCCGCCGUCGGGAGGAGCGCCGGUGGUCGGCGGCUGCGGCCGACUGCCCUGGGCUCGGACAGGCUCGUCGGCGGACCGGCCCGGCGCCGGGCGGCCGCCCUGGGCGCGCGGCCCGCGGCUGGAGAAGGCAGACAGUGUGAGCGGCGGCCCGGCGGCGGCUGACUCCGCCCAGCGCGAGCGGCCGCCCUGGCAAAGGAGGCAGGCGUCGCUGCCUCCAGACCCGGCCCGCGGGGCUGACGAGCGCCAGGGGACGGCCUGGUGGCAGCAGCGGCAGACAUCCACGACACAGAUACAGGCAUCCACCACACAGCAGAGGACAUUCACCACACAGCAGGGGGCAUUCACCUCACAACAGACGGGGUAUACUGAACAGCAGCGGAAGAACCGCUGGGUGCCGGCGCCACAGCAGGGUCCUCAACUACCGCCACAACAGGUACAACAAACACAACAAUCACAGCACAAUCAGCAACAAACACAGCAGUCACAACACACGCAACAGGUACAGCACACACAGCAGUCACAGCAGUAUGUGUCUCAGCAGCAGUCCGUUCAGCAGACAGAGCAGCGCACGGCGCCGCCGCUGCCUCCUGCGUCCGCCGCCCCCGCCACCGAGUCCAGUCUGCGCCAGGCACUGUCCGCCGCCCUGCCGUCCGCCCAGAUGGCUCUGUCGUCUGCGGAGACUCCGGUGGAGCGGCCGGCGUGGAGCAGUCCGGGGCCGGUACGGCGGGCGGCGACAGUCACUUCUGAGCCGUCAGAGCCGCCGCCGGCGCCGCGCCCCGCCCAACUGACCCGGUCAUUACCCGGCGGUGCUCUUCAGAGACUGGUGCAGAGCGCCAACUCGGCCGUCCAGAAAACCCAGGCCAGUCGCGUCGCCUCCUCACCCACCACCUCUGCCGCGCCGGCUGACCCGAGGAGCUACCAGCCGCCACCGCUACCCAAGACGCGCUUCUCGGCCGCCGGAGAGCCCACACCGCGGCCGGUGGCCGACCGCCGCUCGUACCAGCCGCCGCCUCUGCCCAAGACCCGGUUCUCGGCGGACGGCGAGCCGACGCGGGUGGCGUCCCGCCUGCCGGCCGGCAGCCUGCCGUGCUCGCCGCAGCUGGCCAGGAGGCCGCAGCCGGCCGUCGGAGGUCACGGCAUGUUCCGGAGCUGCAGCUCAGAUAUGGUGACCCAGCAGCGCACCGUGUCGGGCGUCUUGACUACCACGUCGCACUAUGUGGCCGAACAUUCUGAGGCCUAUCUCAGUAUGGUCACUCCGGGAAACGACUCCUCAGCUGAAGCGAAAAUGUCGUCCACAUCUUCUUCAGUGGUGACGAAGACGAGCACAGCGCAGUCGGUGACGAGCUCCCGGAGCUCCCAGCUCUCCAAGGGCAAGGCGCCCGUCUCCGCGUUCGACAAGUUCAAGCAGCUCGACUCUGCCAAUCCGAAGCCGAUCCCAAAGACCGACUCCGCAUCCAGUGACGGCGGCUUUAAGUUGGACGCUGGUCUGGCGGCCAAGGCGCAGGGUGCCAAGGAGAUGACGCUUUACUGGGCGCAGUGUCGUACCCGCGACUACCAGAAUGUAAAGAUCGACAACUUCUCGACCAGCUGGAACGACGGCAUGGCCUUCUGCGCGCUCAUUCACCACUUCUACCCUGACGCCUUCGACUUUGAAAAACUCAACCCAAAAAACCGACGAUACAACUUCGACCUGGCCUUCAAAACUGCUGAUGAGAGGGCCGGCAUCUACCCACUACUCGACACUGACGACAUGGUGGCCAUGCGCAAACCGGACUGGAAGUGCGUCUUCACCUACGUGCAGGCCAUCUACCGGCGUCUCAAGGACGGCCCGGUGACACCCAGCGCCUGAGCCCUGCCUGUGACAGACUGUGCCUUUCGCUCGCGACUCGCGUGUGUGUGAGAUUGAGUGAGUGAGAGAGCCGCCCGCGCCGCGCCGUCACUGCUCGCUGUGAUACGCCCGGAGGUGCGGCCCGCGGCGGCGCUACGGACACUGGCGGCCGUCUAGAGCUAGUCACUAACCCGGUCGGCGCGGCCAGCCCAGCGCCGUCCUAUCCCAAUCAUCUGGUGGCGGUCAGACAGCGCUAACAGCGCCGCGCCAGCGCGCAGUGCCUAGUGGACGCCGCCGGUGCGUCCCGUUUUUAGAUAUAUUCAUGAUAUAUGCUAUGGCAGAAGUGGCGUGUGCUCUGUGGUAUUCGCGCAGUGUGAAAUAACCCGGCCUUGUGUAGUGUGUCGUUUUGCAGCCCAGCUAUUUUAAGAGUAACUUAUUGUAACAAAAGUAUUUUGUUGCAUCUGGCGAGUAUUUCAGUGUAUGUUGUGACUACUAUGUUUUUUAACAGAUCAAUAAAUGCACAGAAGGCUG